GUCCCGUCCUCGGGGAUUACGAGCUCCGCUUCCUUGACCAAAUUAAAAGUGUUUGCUUGGCUGAUAUGUAUCUAUAUAUCUAUAUAAAUUAAUAUCUGUCAUCCAGGGUGUUUCGUAUACUAAAUUGAAAACGUCGUGUGUUUAACUGAUGGACGGAAAAAACAUAUUAUAGAGAGUCGGAGUUGAAAGAAGAACAAGUUUAAAGAGAUUUUAGAUAAUAGUACGGAAACAAGAAAUAAAAACUAGAAAGAGACUGAGGUAGAGAGCUUAAGAGAGAGAGAGAGCUUAAGAAAGCGCGCGACGCGACCCGUUUCAAGGGGCACACAUGGCAAUCGAUAGUGGAGCAAAUCGUCGUUGCUCGCAGCGCCCAUGAAACAAGUGGUAAAGCACGUUUCGCAAGCUCCGUCGACUAGAGCGUUGAUAGUUUACUCGUGACGAAAUAAUGUUGGGCUUACGAGUGUGUGACGUGAUGUUGAAUGCGAUUCUAAAGAAGAAACCAACUAGUACUUCUUAAAAAGACGACAAUAUUAAUGUGGCUAUAGGGAAAAUUUAAAAGCAACCCAUCGUUCUAUUUUGAAAGUUUUUGUUUUUUCUUCGCUUCGGUUUAAUCUACGAGACCGUAUAGUUGAUUUAAACAAAAAAUAAUAAUAUAUUGAAAUACAUAAAAAAGAGUAUAAGUUUGUGUGGAUUUUAAGUCACGGCGAUCGCGCAGUACUGAACGAACACAUAAAGAAACGUAACCACGGAGCUUUUUUUUCUGUUACCAAAUCAUCGUAGAGUAUAUAGUGUAGUAUAGAUACUUAUGUAAAAUAUAAAAAUAUAUAUAAAUAGACGUAUACGUAUAUACAAAUGUUAUACACAUAAAACAAUACGAUCGAUGAAAAGUUAUGUUGAUGUAUUGACACUGAAUUGAUUUAUUAUUUAUAACGAGUACUAGUUAUUAAUUCUACAUCUGAAUCAUGUGGAUCGUAUCCCUCGUGGGUAAACGUUCGAAUAAGGGUGAAAAUCGAUUGUGCUAUGAGAACCAAUCGCGUCGUCGUGAACUUUCAGAUUAUGAGGUGGCUCAGAGCUACACUGUUGACGGUGGCGGAGAGGUGCUGCGCCGACGGAUGAGAGCCAGGUGCUGAUCAGGCUAGCCGCUAGUCGAUCUGUGUGGUUAUCCUGAGCCGCAAUAACAAUAGAAAACAAAUACAAAAGGUUCAUCUGAUGCUGAACGAGCGAAGAUACGAGGAAGACGCGGGAGUGGAUGCGGAUCGCAAUGGCAAUGGCUAUCUCCCAUACCACCAGGCACCAGGGCUCGAGGGGUUUAGCUUUGAAAGUGACAGGACAAUUACUUCAAGCGCGAUGGCAUCCUCUGGACAAGGUGGUCUGGGAACAGGAGCAGGAACGGGAACGGGAACAACUGCUGGAGGUGCCGGUACAGGAGGAGUCGGGUGGAGCAAAGAAGUACGUUACGCACCGUUUGCGAGUGUCAACUCGGCGCUACCAUCGGCAUUACCACCGGCACCGGCACCGGCACCGCCGCCACCACCACUUCCUCUUCCUCUUCAGAUGCAGCAACGGACUUACUCCCGAUCCAUGACCUCACUGCCCCCAGAGCCUUUCAUGAUAAUGAGAUCAAAGGCUUUGAAUAGACGUGUAUCGAUAAACGUCGGGGGCGUUAAGCACGAAGUAUUGUGGCGAACUUUGGAGAGGUUACCGCACACGAGACUCGGACGUCUUCGAGACUGUAACACUCAUGAGGCAAUAACAGAAUUAUGCGACGACUACUCGCUUAUUGACAAUGAAUAUUUUUUUGAUCGUCAUCCGAAAUCUUUUAGCUCAAUUUUAAAUUUUUAUCGUACUGGAAAACUCCAUCUCGUUGACGAGAUGUGUGUAUUGGCGUUUAGCGACGAUCUUGAGUAUUGGGGAGUCGAUGAAUUGUAUUUAGAGAGUUGUUGUCAGCACAAAUAUCAUCAGAGAAAAGAGCAUGUACACGAGGAGAUGAGGAAGGAGGCUGAGUCGUUGCGGCAAAGGGAGGAGGAGGAAUUCGGGGACGGCAAAUGUGCGCAAUACCAAAAGUGGCUAUGGGAUUUGCUUGAAAAACCCACCACAUCAAUUGCCGCCAGGGUGA